AUGGACCUCUUGCUACUAGGGUUCCAAUCACGGAAGAAACAUCUACGAGUCCGCAAAGACAUCAGACGGGACCAGUAUGGAAUGGAAGAUGUUGACGAGUUUUUUGAGAUUGACUCAGAGGACGAAAAAGCGUUGGCAUUAGAUGCACCCGUGCGAACACAAUUACAAUAUAGAGAACAAAUAGUGGAACCUUUUUCCGAAUACAACUCAGAAUAUAAUCCAGGACAGCCACAGGAGUAUGGCGUAGAGGCUUUGGACUUUGCAGAACUGACACAGUUGGGGGAUUUUGAAUACCCAGAUUUCAACGAGGAACCCAAUGAUGACGCCUUGCCCCCACAGUUGCAAUCACAAUUGACACAGUCACCAGUCCGACCUGGAAGACUACGAAGACGAGCCAACCAUUUAUUAUCACCCGAGGAGGAGAGAGAAGAAGAAGAAGAAGAACGGGAAGACGAAGAAGGAGGAGGGGGAGGGGGAGGAGAAGAGCGAGAAAUAGGAGAACAACGACGGGAGAACCAAAUACGACCGCGUCCACCAAUAUCACCGAUUUUAAAUAAUAGCGAGAAUGAUAAUGACAAUGGUAAUAGUAAUGGCAAUAACAAUAGCAACAGCACGCGAGCACGAAGAUCAUCAUUCAAUUAUGUUGCACGCAAGAUCAAUUUUGAUAACGAUGAAACCGAAGGCGCUGGUGAAACAGCAUCAUCACUGAGUCGUAGAUCUCCAAUCACAUUAGCUGGGAAUAAGCAAUCGCCAUUAAGGUCGCCAUUGCAGGAGCAACAACAUCGUGCUUCUGCUGCACAAUCGCCUGCGAGAGCUACAACCACUGCCUCUAAUGCAGCUAAUUACGAUUACGAUUACGGAAACGAAAACUAUCCAGACUAUCCUGAUUACGGUGGAUAUGAGGAGAACGAACAAGAUCAAUUUGAUGAUAGGAGCCAUGCACGAGGUGAGGGAGUUUCCUCUGAAGAACCAGAAUCUACAUUGGACCAAAAUGAUAGAAACGAGCUGGACUCAUCACAGAAAUUAUCAUCAGUUUCAUUACAGUCUCAGGAUAUGGAAUUAGAACAGCGAAUAAGCAAAAGAAGGCGAUCGACAAACGACGACCCUGAGACUUCGGUAUCAUUAUUUAUGGACACGGAAGCUGGGGACGAGGGAGAAGUAGAAGAGGAGGAAGAAGAAGAAGAAGAAGAAGAAGAAGAAGAUGAUGACGACGGUGUAGAUGACACUAUUGCUACUCAAUCGAGUUAUGCCUACGAAGAUACAGAAGAUAUUACUAGAUCAGCAGAAACAGAACCAGAAACAGAAUCAGAAAGAAGUGGAUCAUCUGCAAUGGGGCGACAUGCUGGAAAAAGAAAUAGGAAUGUUUCACCAACACCAUAUAUCACCACGUACAACGACAACUCGCAACUUCCCUCGCCACCACAGGAUGGAUUAAGAAGAUCGAAACGAACUCGAAUCAAGCCAUUGGCAUAUUGGAGGAAUGAACGUAUUGUGUAUUCUAAAGCAAGUCAAUACGACGAAGAUCCGGAUACGACACUUGCUCGCGAUAUUUAUCAACUUCCACUAAGACUGAUUAAAGAGGUUGUUCAUGUUCCUGACCAGCCGUACAACUAUUAUGCCAAAAAGCAACCAAUGAAAAAGAGAAACAAAAGACAACAAAACCAAAGAUUUACAGCACCAUUAUCACCUGCAGCAUCAGAAGAUGAACUGUCAGCAUCGCCUAUCCCAGGAACAGAAUGGAUCAAGGACAAUGUAUUAAAACUCAGUAUUAUUGAAAACGGAGAAACAGUUGAAAAACCCGUUGUAUUUAAUCAAAAUGGUGGAGAAGUCUUACAUAUUGAUGAUUCGGAAUCCCAAGCAUCUCAACCAUCGCACUACCAAGUAAGUGUUUUGUUCAACGACGACAAUGAUUUCUGUUCGGUUGCAAUGUUGGAGAUUCCUGAAGGCGAGUCGAAACAACCUGUGGCAAUGUAUACAUGCACCUAUAUUUUCAGUGUUGUUCAAGGUAUAGUCGAAGUCAGUCUAAAUGAUCACAAAUUUACUGCAGUGAAAGGGUGUAUCAUGAGAGUGCCUUCUGGGAAUGAGUAUGGAUUUAAGAAUAUUGGUGAUGUUGCUGCAAAAUUAUACUUUGUCCAAGUAAGAAUCCCAGAGAUGGAAGAGGAUAUUGAAAUUGAUCCAGAGAUCCAACAACAACAACAACAACAACAACAACAACAGCAGCAGCAGCAACAACAACAUCAACAACAUCAACAGUCCAGUAAUUUUGAUAGAGAAACACCACCGAGAAGUCGUCCUAUAGAAAGCGUUUUCGACUCACCAGAACCAAGUCCAUAA